UAUGGCUUUGGCCAUUGUUUUAACCCACCCGAGCUAGGAGAUCUCACAUUAUUUUGCCCAACAUGUCCUCAGCCUGGGAUUAAUUUAUUGUUGUCAAGAGAAGAAUCACUUGAUGACUGGAAAUACAUCAGGUCAUUCAUGAUGGAUGGAAACUUCAAAGUGGAACACCUGCAUCCUAUUAACCUGGAUGAUGAAGUUUGG